AUGGACCACAUGCAAUACCUCAUGGUGCGCGCGCACGAUGCUGAAGAGACUAUCUCCGGCCACGCGCUUAUGGCGACCGCACCACCAGAUUCGCAUAUUGCGACUAAGCCGCAGGAGACGUAUCCGCACCAGAUGCCGGAUAUAGCGAUGCCAGACCUGAUGAAGCUGCUGGAUCUGAGCAAUCGUCUCCCUUUGGACGGCGAGAUCACGCCGAUUAUGGCCUGGGUCAUGGUCUUGAAGGAACCUAGGCUGGCGGAGCUGAGCAAGUUAGACAUCGAGGGGAUCAAGGGGGAGCUCCUUGCAAAGGUGCGGUGCUAUGGAUUUGGCGCUGUUCUGGAAGAGUUCGAGGUCAGAGAUGCUAUGAUGGCAGCUUUUGCGAAGAAGGCAACUGGGAAUACUCCGACGCAUACCAUCGCUCAACCCUUAGUUGCCAGCGGCUGA